GACGAGUGCCUCGGGACCCACCGGUCGGAACUGCAACUGUGGCGUCCGGUCACCUUGCAGCGACCUGUUGAAUAUGGAGCAAGCACCAGCUUCAUCCAUCAAAGGGGCGGCCAGACCCCAAGCGGGCGCACUUUUGAUGUGACGACAUGACGAAUGACAAAGGUGGGAGGAGGGAGAGGAGAGCAUAAAGGCGAAGGUGCCACAAUGCCGCGGCACACGACAACGGCGAGAAGAAGACAAGAAGAAGGAGGAACCGAAGAAGAAAAAAGAAUCUGCCAGCUCAGAGCCAGGUGUGAUGGAGCGCAUGCGAUUGUUCCUGUUCCUCCAUGUGUGUCUGUCCCUGUUGACAGUCCUAUGCUGGGGUCAAAGGUUGGACGCCGAUGUGCAGGUUCCAGCCGCACCCGACCAACCCAAACUCUUCCGACUCACGAAUGAUGACCUGGCGGAGGUGCUGCAGGGCUUCCUGGACGAGGCGGAAGGCGGUGGCGCCGGCCUAUCGCGGGAGAAGAAGGCCAGUUUUUUUCCUCGGUGCGACGUGGGCGAGCGCUGCGCCAUGAAACACGGCCCCCGAAUCGGACGGCUGUGCGACUGCCUGCGAGGGACGGCGUGCAACACUUUCUUCCUGCGCUGCUACUGAACGCCCGCGUGGACCCCCAUCCCCACCCCCCACCCGCGACAAUGCCAGCGCACCAAACGCAUCACAACUCCCGACAUCAUUUUAGAACAUUUUGCAACACUUCACGACUCUUUCCCCACACAAUAGUCUUCUGUUAUCUAGCUAGCAGGCUAACGGAUAGCAGUUAAAAGUCAUUCACUGCCAUUGACGGGUAUGCUUGUCAAUUCUUGUUUUUUUUGUUUUUUUGAUUGUUUUCAAUCGGGAUGGGUGGAGGCACAUCUGAUGCUGCUCCGCUGCAUCAAACACGGAAACAACUUAAAGUGAUGAGCAACCGUCAGUCGAUGGCGCGGAUGCCCCAUAAUAGCCAUGACAUCUGCACAGGUUGGAAGUCCGCUCGAAAAAAAAGGCUGCAUUUUGUACAACCUAUUGUUGAAAGAACGGAGAAAUGCAGACUCAAGCUGUUCUUUGGUGAAAGGAGAGAGUCACUCCUUUCAUUUGGUAGAUUUGCGAUAUACUGUAUAUAAUCAUUGAACACAAGAACUGUCAAAAAUGUUAAUAUGUGGCUGGCAGGGAAUGACUUAAAGCUGACAUCCACAACAAAGUAAGAUAAAGAAGGCCGAUGUAAAAAAAAAAAAAAAAAAAAGCCGACCGAUGCGUUGUGGCGCAACGAUGUCAUUUCAUGGCGUCCCCCCACAGGGUGUGGCUCGCCCACGGCACCGCCCGCUCCUCUCUGUCCUUCCCGCUGUGACCUUUCAAGUAUCACCUUGUUUCAUCUGAAUCUUGUUAAUAAACAAUCUUCACAAAGCCGGACUUGUCACAUGGCUUCC